UGCCGGCUGCUCCCUCGCAGGCUGCACGGUUUCUCUGCAUUCACUGACAAUGAACACGAUGACAUCGCGCUAUAAAGUUUAAUCUCGCUAAUUGAUGGCUCCUCUGGAUUUACCUCUCCAAUUUUGGGGGCUAUGACAUUUUCUUGGCAGCUAAAGUAAUUUGUGGCAGGCUGUGCCUGCUUGCUCACUUGCAACAUCACGUCUCUCGCCGGUGCUCCGUGGGCUUCACAACAUGUAUAAGUUAUGCAUCGCCGUCGUCCUGUGUUGUGCGUUUUUUCCACGGUGCUCUGCAGCGCCAAAGACCUGGGGUGCAGAUCCCAGGUCCGAAUUUGAGCGCGAGGCAGAGCAAGAGCACAGGCGGAAGGAGGAGAUAGAUGCCCAGGAGAGCAUCCUCUCUAAGCUGCUGGGUGAUUAUGACAAAGUGAAAGCCCUCUCGGAAGGCUCUGACUGUCGGUGUAAAUGUGUUGUCAGACCCCUGAGCAGGAGCGCCUGCCGGCGGAUAGAAGAAGGGAGCGCCACUGCGCAGGACUUCUUCAGCGUGGAGACUAUCACAUCUGGACCAGAGUGCAAGUGCGCCUGCAUCGCGCCUCCGUCAGCAGUCAACCCGUGCGAGGGAGAGUUCAGGCUGAAAACACUUAGGGAAGCUGGAAGAGGGAACGUCAAGCUUUCCACUAUCCUCGAGCUGCUGGAGGGAUCCUUCUAUGGGAUGGAUCUACUGAAGCUGCACUCCGUUACCAAUAAGCUGCUGGGUCGCAUGGAAAACAUGGAGAAGGCAGUAGCUCUGAACUACACCACGGUUGAACUGGAGCCCCAGGAGAGCCCUCAUAUCCAGGCGGAUGCGACUGAAAGCCCACCCACCCCUCCUCAGCACCGGCAUCCGGACCAGAAGAAACCAAGUGAGGCCAGCAGGACUGCAGCAUAUCCAGACCCAGAUGUACAAUAUGAGAAGAAGUUUAUUGGGGAAAACCCAUCCUUCCUAAAGACAGAUGGUUCUGCUCGUAUCAUUGAAGUUAAACCUCGGGUGACUCUCAGAAACGUGGCUAACAAGGAGACGUCUCAAGUGUCGAAGACCGGCCCCAAUGGAAUGAUCAUAAGGGGGAUGACUUUUUAUAAAUCGGAGCCAGAUCCGAUGGUGGCGGACGACGGGGAGCCUGGAGAGAACCUGUUUGAGUACAAUGAAUUCAGUGGCGAUGGCCUGAUUGACAUCUUCAUUGAGGAGAAUCUUUUACAACGCGCAGUCCCUCGCCCCAAGACGAGGACGUGGCCGAGAUCCUUCCAACCAAAGACAACCGGUCCAUUGCACGCUUCCACAAAAAACAUCCAAUCGGCAAAACCGAAAGAAGCUCAGCCCACCUCAAAAACUCCCAAAGAGUUUGUCGACGCAGGUGGAGCCACAUCGGCGGACGCGUCCGCAGAUAUACAGAGUCACGCGUCCGCAGAGAGAAGCGGCACGUUGGGACCAACCGCUCCCACACAGAGAGUCACUGCUGGAACCACUCAGGGGCCAAUCCCUGUGACGGAGGAGCCUUCUGGCACUUCCUCAAGCAUCACCGCCGAGGAAACAACCAACACGACAAUAAACACGACGCAACCGUCCGAAAAUACCGUCACAAAAGAAGUCCUACCGGCAUUGACGGCGAGGAAUAUGCCGACCACGGUGAUGGACACCUCGACCCGGGAGGUGAGCCAACACAUGCAAAUCAUUCCCAGCAGCACUGCAGCUCUUUUCAGAACACACACGCCAAAUACCGCCACAGAGGCUUUGGCUACCGCUCCGUCUUCCGGUGUAACCAUCACAAGCCAUGCUGCCCUGACCUCAGCACCAGUACGCCGCACCACAGCUCCCACACCGGAGGCCUCCACACCAGGAGAGACAACGGAAUCCACCUUCUUUCCAGCUUGGACUUUGCCUCCUACCACGCGGAGGCCGAUGACUUUGUCUCCCCCCACGUUCCUGCCUCUCACCACACCUGUGACUACCCCUUCUUCAGCUGCCACCACCACCACAACCAGACAGGCUGCUCAAGUCAAACAAAAAUACAAAAUCAGCUGGGAAGAGGAAGAUGGGGAGGAGGGACACCCGGGAUUAGAAGAGCCGAUGCAAAGACAGGAGGAAUCUCCCUCGAGGAAACCUGGGGAGUGCGAGGACACUUUGGCAACAAUUUCGGAGCCAGUAACUCACAACACCUACGGCCGGAAAGAAGGAGCGUGGAUGAAGGAUCCGAAGUCGGAUAACGACAAAAUCUACGUCACAAACUUCUUCUACGGAAAUAAUCUCCUGGAGUUCCGCAACCUGGAGGUUUUCAAACAAGGCCGUUUCACCAACUCUUACAAGCUUCCCUACAACUGGAUCGGCACCGGGCACGUGGUCUACGACGGGGCUUUCUUCUACAACCGCGCCCUCUCCCGAGACAUCAUCAAGUUCGACCUGCGCCGGCGCUCCGUGGCCGCCUGGACCAUGCUGCACGACGCCCUGCUCGAGGAGUCGUCGUCGCCGUGGGAGUGGGGCCGCCACUCGGAUGUGGACUUGGCCGUGGACGAGAGCGGCCUGUGGAUCGUCUACCCGGCACACGACGAAGAGGGCUUCUUGCAGGAAGUGAUCGUCCUGAGUCGACUGGACCCCUCAGACCUCAGCAUGCAGAGGGAGACCACCUGGAGAACCGGGCUCAGGAGGAACCACUACGGGAACUGCUUCGUCGUGUGCGGCGUCCUUUACGCUGUUGACAGCCACGACCGGAGGGACGCCAAACUGGAAUACGCCUACGACACGCACACGAACACUCAGAUGACUCCCAGAAUGCCGUUCACCAACAACUACAGCUACACCACGCAGAUCGACUACAAUCCCAAAGAGGGCGUUUUGUACGCGUGGGACAACGGACACCAAGUCACAUACAACAUUAAGUUUGCCUUUGUUGACCCGUAGUUUUUAAAAAGUUAACUAAGGUUUGAAUGGAUUGUAGAUCAGUCCACACGGCCUUCAGUACGGAGAGCAACGAGGGCCAAAUGUACAAAUAUACUGAAGGGUUUUCUGCUUUUGUUUAAAUUUGUAUCUGAAAUUGAUGAAACGAUGAGCUUGAUUUAAAUUAACGUAGAAAGGUGUCGGAACCAGCUCACGUCUCGGGUCAAAUAAAGCUUUAACAAUUCUCAUGACAUAACCAAUUCGUGGGAGAGCUAUUCUUUCACCAAAUUGCCCGAUUACAUGGAUAAAUUCCAUGUUUCUGGGUUUUCUUUUACACACGUGAUUCUUUGUAUUUCAUUGUUCUUUGCAUAUGCCGCCGGCCGUCUGUGUGGUAACAUCACACCUUUGUCUUGGGAGAGCACUUAGCCCAUCCAUAUCAGACUGCUUUUGAAGAAACGGCAAUAAAGUUGGUAAAUACUA